AUGUCCUACAACGACGAUAUCGACGUAUUGAUAGCCAACGUAUCUAUAGUCCCUAAUCCAUCACUCACGCAUACUCCUAUAACUCCCAUGCCACUCACUACUCUUGAAGAAAAUAAGGAUCAAGUUGACUCUCAAAAGAGUCAGAAAAAGAAAAGGCCUUCUCCGAAAAAGAAGGAAAACAAGAAUGCAGCCCCGGAAGAGACCGUACGAUACACGAAACAUUCCAUCUCUACUGGCACAAGAAAUACCUCCUCCCGCCGCUUGGGGAUCUUCCACUAUUCUUCCCACUAUGUGGCCAGAGCCACUCUACUUCUCUCACCACAUGUCACACUGCCUUCGCCCGACUUGUUUCUCUUUCGUUCAAACUCAUGGAGGAUGUCCUCACUGUUAUUGUCACUUUUAAUGUCUGUCACGUUAUUGGACUAA